UUGUGAUUGUUUGAAUUUGAAAAUUUGUGGAAAAGUUGAAAAAUUUAAUACGUUUAUGGGAUGAAAUGUUGAGUGAUAGCGUUGGCGAUUUCUAUAAAAUUUAAUCUUUUUAUACAGAGAUGGAGAAAUCAAAAAACAGAGGAAAACACCGAAUUAAAGCCGAAGAAGAAAUAAUUCGUAGACGAGAAAAAGAAACGCGCUAUAACGAAUUAUGGAACGGUACUGCGAAAUAUUACGACCAAUGGAAUAGAAGAACCGCCAAAUUUGAUGAAUGGACAUCUCCUAGAUAUUAUAACGAAAACAAUAAAAUGCUAUUUGAUAUCAAAACCAAACGAGACAAAGAAGAGCUAUUGGAAAAAAGAAGAGAAAAAUUAAGAAAACUUUUUGACGAAGAAAAAAGAGCCUUGGAAAUAGAAUUAAUGGUACAAAAGAAUCGGUAUCCAUUAAGAAAUUCUACAGAAGAAAACCAUGAUAUUCCUACAAACAUUUUAAAAGAAUUUAACGAUCAAAUAAAACUCGAAGAACAAACUAUAAGACGAAGAGAAGCCGAAUCAAAGUUAUUCGACCAAUGGAGGAGAAACAAUCCAUUAAUAAGACAAUGCGAGGCCAAAUAUCAUUGCAAAGAUUUAAAACUUAGCUGGCUGGACCAGCAAAUAGAAAAAAGAAUGCAGAAAGAGAAGGAAGAGGAAGAAAACAAGAGAAUUUUGAAAGAAAACGAAUGGAAACUCCAAAUGGAGUACGAGAGAGAAGAAUUGUUGAAGAAGAAGGUCGAAGAAAAUAAGCAGCAGCUUAAACAAGCACUUGACGGUCAAAUUUCCGAAUUUAAAGAGAUACAAAAAACGUGCGAUGAAUUAAGAGAGAAGGAAACUAUCGAAAUGAAACAAAAUAUAUAUUUAGCAGACUUAGAAGAUAAAUUAAAAGCCGAAGAACAACGUCGUAGAGAUAAAGAGUGCGCUUUAUUCAACAUUCGCCAACAUAAUAGAAAAUUAAAGCAAAAAUCAAAAGAUAUUCAAGACAAUUUAGAGCAAGACAAACUUCUAAUGCUCAAAUUCAAGGAGUUGCAAUUACAAGAUAUUAUCGAAGAAGAAGCAAAAAGGAAUGAGAUAAAACAAGGCGUUGAAGAAUUUUUAGACAUCAUAAGGCAACAACAAGCCUUAGAAAUUCAACGACAGAAGCGAUUAGAAUUUCUAUUUGAUUCCGAAGCUAAAGCCAUGUACGACAUGCAAGUGGCCCAAUGGAAGCAGGAAGAAUUGUCACGCGAAAAAUUGAUUAACGAAGUCCUCAAAACACUUAAGCAACAAAUAAAAGAAAAAUUAGAAUCAAACAUAGAACGACAGAAGGAGAAUUUGCGCGAACGCGAAGAAAUGACGCAAAAAAUUGAAGAAUAUCACGAGGAGUUAAAUCGAUUGAAGGAAGAAGAAGAGAAACGUAAACGUAAAAUAAAACACGGUAGAGAGGAAGAUAUGCAAGUAAAAAUCGUAAAAAAGAAACAGCAAGAGAGUUUGAGAAUGAGAGAAUUGGAUGAGGAAUUGGAGAGAAUAAGGAAGGAAGAAGAAAGGUUGCAACAAGAGAUUUUGAAUCUACAGCAAAGGCAGGGUCCUUAUAAACCGUCUAGAAAUCGAUUAUUUUUUUAAUCUGAUAUAUUCUUAGUGGUUAUUGUUGAUUAAUUUUGAAUUCUGUGAUAGGUUUUGCUAAUAAUAAUGUUCACAACUUAUUUUGCAUAAUGUUAACAGUUUAAUUAUGUACCACACAUUAGAGUAUUGUUAAAAAUUAUAAGAUUUGUAUAAG